AUGCCCAAGCUCACACGUAGAGAGCAGCUCUCCUCCGGGUGGACAUUUAAGCAGACGGAUGACCCGGACGAGGCUUGGCUACCUGUUGCCCGUGUGCCGACUGUCUCGCACAUUGAUUUAAUUGACAAUGGCCGCAUUGCAGAUCCGUUCGUCGAUAUGAACGAACUAGACGUGGAAUGGGUCGGCGAGAAAUCAUGGACGUAUCGCACUUUUUUCUCCAGCCCUGAGCUGCUCGCCGGCGAGUCCGUCUAUCUCCUGUUUGACGGCCUCGACACGUUCGCGACCGUCAAAUUGAACGACGAGGUCAUUCUCACGAGCGACAACAUGUUCCUCGCCCACAGGGUGGAAGUCACGUCACUGCUUGCUCCGGACAAUAACUCGCUCGUUAUUGACUUUGACAGCGCCUUGCUUCGUGGGCGGGAAAUCGAGAAGCAGCACGAGGAGCAUCGCUACCUUGCGCACAACGGGGAGUCGGGACGGCUGGGGGUGCGAAAGGCGCAGUAUCACUGGGGAUGGGACUGGGGUCCUGUGUUGAUGACUGCUGGACCGUGGAGGCCCGUCUCUCUGGAGGUGUCCAGCGCCUCCAUCCAAGAUGUCUUAGCCAACUACGAUGUCCAAGAAGAUCUAAGCUCUGUGUCCGGAACAGUCAAUGUCGAGUUUGAUGGCUCAGUCGACGAAGUUCGCGUCUCGAUAUCCCAUCAGGGAGCUACGGUGGCCACCGCAUCAAGCAUUCCGGCGGAUUCUACUGCAAAUAUUACCUUUAAAAUUCCUGCACCCAAGCUAUGGUACCCCAGGGGAUAUGGAAACCAAGCAAUCUACGACGUUGAAGUAGAGAUCAUCAAAGACCAUGUCACUGUCGAUCGGUCAGUGAAGAGGACUGGCUUCCGUCGGGCAGAGCUCGUCCAAAAUGACGACAAGCACGGCGAAUCAUUCUACUUCCGAGUCAACGAUGUCGAUGUCUUUGCCGGCGGCUCAUGUUGGAUCCCAGCAGACAACUUCCUCCCAAGGAUCACGCCGGAGCGCUACAGGAACUGGGUCAAAUUGAUCGCGGAAGGAGACCAGGUGAUGGUGCGUGUAUGGGGAGGCGGCGUGUACGAAGACGAUUCUUUCUACGAUGCCUGUGACGAGUUUGGCGUCCUUGUCUGGCAGGACUUCUUGUUCGCAUGCGGCAGCUACCCAGCAUGGGAGUCGCUUCGCGAGUCUGUCGACAAGGAGGCCAGGCAGAAUCUCAAACGACUCCGCCAUCACCCCUCGAUAAUAGUCUACUGCGGCAACAACGAGGAUUACCAGACGCAAGAGUACUACAAGCUGGACUAUGUCUGGGACGACAAGGAUCCAGAGUCAUGGCUCAAGGGCACAUUCCCCGCUCGCUACUACUACGAGCAUCUUCUGCCCAGAGCCGUUGCUGAAGAAAGCCCAGGCGUCAUUUAUUGGCCCAGCUCGCCCUUCUCUUCCAAGGGCAGAGAGGCCAAUGACAAGAAGGCGGGUGAUAUCCAUCAAUGGAAUUUUUGGCACGGCUACCAGGAGAAAUAUCAGUGCUUUGACAAAAACGGCGGCCGUUUCGUCAGCGAAUUCGGCCUCGAAGCAUUCCCUCAACUCUCUACCCUCGAGUCUGUCAUCACCAACCCUGCCGAACGCCACCCCAGCUCGCGCACAAUGGACUUCCACAACAAGGCCCACGGGCACGAGAGGCGCAUCGCCACGUACAUUGUCGAGAACUUCCGUCCUGCGACCGACCUCAAGGGCCACAUCUACCUAUCCCAACUGAUGCAGAGCGAGGCCCUCCAUUUCGCGUAUCGAGGAUGGCGACGGCAGUGGGGAGACGAGAGGUUGUGCGGUGGCGCAUUGGUGUGGCAGACGAACGAUUGCUGGCCCACGACGUCGUGGGCCAUUGUUGACUACUAUCUCAAGAAGAAGCCUGGUUUCUACGCCAUCGCUCAGCAGAUGCGGCCGGUCAAUGUCUGUGUCCAGCGUGAGCAUCAUGACUGGAGUGUUGGCCACGCGAGACCAGCGAAAAAGUCUCCCUUCGACGUAUGGGUGACAAGCAGCUUGACCGACGAGGUUCGCGGCGAUGUUGAGAUUCGGUUCAUCUCAAUACAGAGUGGAAAAGAUAUCAAAGAGAAAAUACGCAAGUCCGGUGUGGUGAUUGUUCCCAACGGGACCACGGAGGUUUACGCUGGAGAAACGGACAACGAAAAGGAGGAGCCUCAUGUUAUCGCAGUUCGUCUCUUUAUAGACGACAAAGUGGUUGCAAGAGAGGUGGAUUGGCCUCAACCGUUCAAGUAUUUGACGUUCCCUGAUCGGGGCGUUACGGUUCAAGCUUCGGAAGGCUCCUACAUCGUCUCUGCCCAGCGUCCCACCAAAGGUCUAGUGUUUGAUGAGGUUGACGGGGUUAUACUGAGUGAUAAUGCCAUUGACAUCGUUCCUGGUGACACUCAGAUCAUCUCCGUCACUGGUGCAUCGAGUACCAAUGCCGUUCCUGCGUAUAAAUACUUGGGGCAGGAGGAGAACCUCAAGCAGAUCGGGGCUCACCAUCUUUGA